CUUAGACAUUUUAUGUCGCAUCACGUUUGUGUGGUGUCUGUCGGCGUCACAAAUCUUUCAAAGUUUGGAUUGCUAGUGCGUCUGGGAUACAUUGGAUAAUUCAUAAAUAGGUACUUAUAUAUCCUUUGUAAUCUGUUUUCAUAGUCUUGUAUAACGUAACAUUAAUUACACGCCGGAAUGUAUAUGCUAUUUAAAUGUCACGUACACCCGGUGUGUUUUUUUCCGGCUAACCAGUAACUCGGUACGUUUACCUCACCGAACACUGCGCGAACUGUGGAGGUGUAUUAGGUUUGGCACUGCUAUGCAUUUCGUUGUGGAAUACACAUCCUAAACUCCUGACCUUGGCAGCUGACAAUGCAUCGAUCGAUAAAUCUAGAUUGGUAGCUCUAAACGUAGAACCCAGAUAGUGAAAUUCUUGAAGGUUACUGACAAGUGAAGUUUUAAAUGACCCCCGUUGGAGAAGAACGUAAGAGUAGUGACCUAUAACCCCGCUUCAGCCUAUACACGUACUUGUAUCCGCAAGUACGAUUUUAUUCAAAACAGCAAUCGCAUUAUCAUCCAUCCGCGAAAAUCGAAGCUGCAGUAAAAGAGCAAUACAUAAAUCGAUCUAUUUUUAUGACAUGCCAUUUAGGUACGCGAGUGGUCAGCUUAAGGUUAGUGCAUUAUAUCGGAAGUUACCUACAAAACUGACUGUUAGUUUCCUGACAAUCAGAAGUAUUUAAGGCAAGAGUACGAACAACCCCCAAAAAGCAGUUUUUUUUUUUUUUUUUAAAAACCCAAAAUAAUUUCAUAUUUCUAACGUAUUAUUAAUUACAAGCCGUAAUAAAUAUACAAUUUAAAUUUUCCCCCAGCUAAAUAAUAAAUACGGCGCGAAUGACCUUGGAGGUAUAUUCAUGGUUGGCACAGUUAUGCAUUUCGUCGGGGAAUACACAUCCUCACCUUCUGACCUUGGAGGCUGACAAUACAUUGAUCAAUAAAUCUAGAUUUGGAGCUCUAUACAAUAAAAUCACUGUACGUUAUAAACGAGUCCGUCAAGUGUAGUUUUAAAUCGUUCAACUCGUGCCGCGUGAACGUUGGAGACGAACGUACAUUUUGUCAAGAGCUGUGAUCUCGGACAUUCUGUGACCGUACUGUAACCUAUGUACGAUAUAUUUAAAACAACAAUCAUAUUAUUAUCUAACAAUUUAUACGGAAGUUGAGGCUGCGGUAAAUCAAGAAAUGUCCGAGAAACUAGUCGUGUUAACCUGUGGGGGUGGAAAUGGCGCUCACUGUUUGGCAGGACUGGCGGCCACGAGACCCGACAUUGAGAGCAGGGUUCUAACGCUGUACUCUGAUGAGGCCGAGCGAUGGUCGGGAAAAAUGGGUUCCAACAUGCUCAUCACAGUGCACGGUGACGACGGAGGUACGAAACAGAUUGAAACCAAACCAUCAAUUGUGACCAAAGACCCAAAACAAGUUGUUCCCGGAGCGGACUACAUUUUCCUCGUUGUUCCCGCCUUUGCUCAUGCGCAAUAUUUCGAAGCAAUGGCGCCAUAUAUUGGCAACAACACGGUCAUCGUCGGGCUGCCGGGUCAGGCAGGGUUUGAAUUUGAAUGCAUGCACUUUCUUGGCGACAAGGGUAAAGCAUGUACAAUGGUUACAUUUGAAUCCCUUCCUUGGGCAUGCAGGCUUAUUGAAUUCGGCAAAAAUGUUGAAAUUUUAGGCUUCAAAGAUACACUUGGCGCUUCCGUCUUGAAAGGUAAACAAUGCAACCUGACAAGACCUAUCAUAGAAACAAACCAAUAUAUUCUUGGAGAAAAGCCGAAAGUUCGACGCGUUCAAAACUACAUAGCUGUAACUUUGAUGGCGAAGUCUAUAGUACACCCGCCAAUAAUGUAUGGUCGAUGGGCAGCAUGGGACGGGAAACCUCUUUCGGAGAAACCACUGUUUUAUCAAGGAAUCGAUGAAAGACAAGCGGAGCUAUUGUCAGGAAUAAGUGACGAAUGUGUAGAGACCUCUAAAGCAAUAGAAAAAAAGAUAAAGGGUCUAGAUAUGUCCGAUGUUAUCCACGUCUUUGAUUGGUAUAAAAAUUACUACAGCGAUCAGAUCACUGAUAAAAGCAAUCUGAUGAUGGCCAUGAGAACCAACAAAGCCUACGAUGGUUUGGUUCACCCAAUGAAGGAGGUAGAGCCCGGGAAAUAUGUCCCAGACUUUACCUAUCGCUACAUGGCAGAAGAUGUCCCAGAGGGCAUUGUUCCUAUGAAGGGGAUCGCUGAGUUAGCGGGAGUCUCCACACCUUAUUUGGACGAAGUGAUCACGUGGUGCCAGGGCAAACUGAACAAAGAGUACAUCAUAGAAUCCAAACUGUCGGGUAAGGACGUCAACAAGACGCGGGCCCCACAGCGGUAUGGCAUUAAUGCAUUAGAAGAUCUGUUCCGUGGAAACUUUGAGACAACUCCCUAAGGAGCAAAGCAGUUUCCCUCUACAAGAUUACUUUAUUUUCUUUUGAACUGCUUCAGUGAUUUUCAGCAUUUUCUUCCCAACCAAUUACCUCGGAGCAUAUUUGCAUAUUCAAAACCUGUAAUGCCUAGAGCAGAUCAAAUACAGGUUUAACUUUUGUUCCUCAAACAUAACACUUUUGUAGUUUGUUGUGCAAGUAUUAUGUACUUAGCAUCACAAAAUAACUUUAAAAAUUAAA